UGAAGUUGUUCGGGCGCCGCAGCGGGUAUCCCGAUCCGCAAAGCAAGCAAAGUCUUGGCGUCUCGUCCAAACACGUCGCCCGUUCCCGCAUAGUUCCAACAGCUCUGUCAAGAGAGAAGAACAUUGUUUGCCAAACAAUACUUCCCCCUUCUUGUUCGAUUCUCUUCCAUCUUGUCGUCCGCUGCCCCGCGCGGAGAUGUUCAAGAUGCGAUGGUUCCUUUCUUUUUUACUUCUGUGCUUCAGCGGCGCAGUGCAUGCGCUGAGUACUUCGGGGAACCGUCUCUUGGUGGUGCUGGAGGAGGCUGCGGAGAAGGACGCCUACUCGACAUUCUGGAGCGAUCUUGAAGCUCGAGGUUUCGAUAUUUCGUUCGAAUCGCCCAAGAAUGAUAAGCUGUCCCUCUUCCAUCUGGGAGACCGAGCUUACGACCACCUGCUCAUCCUCCCUCCCAAGUCAAAAGGCCUGGGACCCUCAUUGACACCAAAGGCCAUCAUCGACUUCGUGAACAAGGAUGGUAAUGUCCUCCUCGCCCUCUCCGGCAAAUCGCCCACCCCCAGCUCUUUGAGCUCGCUUCUGCUCGAGUUCGAUCUCCAUCUCGCGCCCGACCGUUCAUCUCUUGUUGUCGAUCACUUCAACUACGAUACUCUCUCCGCGUCGGAGAAGCACGAUGUUCUCCUCCUCGAGCGGCCAGGUGCCUUGAGGCCGGAUACCAAGCCCUAUUUCUCCGGUGAUGGUGUUUUGGCGAUCCCCAGAGCAGCCCCGCAGACUCUGGGAGUCGAGGGUUCAUUGAUUGCGCCUAUCUUGCGGGCGCCCGAGACUGCGUACAGCUAUAACGUCAAGGAGGAGUCUGCUCCUGUGGAGGACCCGUUCGCGACCGGUACCCAGUUGGCCUUGGUCUCUGCGCUACAGGCACGGAACUCGGCUCGAUUUACGGUCCUGGGCUCUGUCGAGGCCUUGCAAGACAAGUGGUUCUCGGCAACGGUGAAGAGCCCGCAGGAUAAGAAGGAGACCACCACUGCCAACCGGGAGUUUGCCAAGCAGCUCACUGCUUGGACCUUCCAGGAGGUUGGUGUGAUCAAGGUUGGAAAGAUUGAGCACCGCCUGGUUGAGGAGGGCCAGGAAGGACCUCUGAACCCUACCAUCUAUCGGGUUAAGAACGACAUUUCCUUCAACAUCGAAUUGUCUGAAUACGUCUAUGACAAGUGGGUUCCCUUCGAGGUCCCAUCAGAGGAUGCUGUGCAACUCGAGUUCACCAUGCUGUCCCCAUUCCACCGUCUCAAUCUCCAACCCGUCCGCCGUACCGACAACAGCACUCUGUAUGGCGUCUCUUUUACCGUGCCCGACCAGCACGGCAUUUUCUCCUUCCGCGUGAACUACAAGCGCCCGUUCCUCACCAACGUUGAAGAGAAGCAUGAGAUCACCAUCCGCCACUUUGCGCACAACGAGUAUCCCCGUAGCUGGAAGAUCAGCGCAGCGUGGCCCUGGAUCUCCGGUCUCUACUCUGUCAUUGGAGGGUUCCUCGCCUUUGUCGUUGUCUGGCUCUAUUCGGCACCAUCGGCUUCGGCGGAAGCUAGGAUUAAGAAAGUACAGUAAAUCAGUGAUUGUAAGAUUAAUGUUUCGUAUUAAAAGAGCUAUGACAUGAUCCUUGCUCAGAAUUAGAGAUGAGCCGUCUAGUUUGGUUAUUAUCGUUUUCUUUUUCUUUCUCAUGGGCAUAUCAAUGCUAUCUUUCGCAACCGGGAGGGAUAAGAUUAUGCUAUAGAUCUGUAAGAGCCAGAUAGACGAGG